CAAGGAGAUUGCAUUCCAACUUCAUGAGGACUUAAUGAAGGUUCUUAAUGAGCUUUACACAGUGAUGAAAACAUACCAUAUGUAUCACUCAGAGAGCCUCAGUGCAGAGAGCAAGCUGAAAGAGGCCGAGAAACAAGAAGGAAAGCAGAUUGGCAGGUCUGGAGAUCCUGUCUUCCACAUCAGACUAGAAGAGAGGCAUCAGCGGCGCAGCUCUGUGAAGAAAAUUGAAAAAAUGAAAGAAAAGAGACAAGCAAAGUAUUCAGAAAAUAAGCUGAAAUCAAUUAAAGCACGGAAUGAGUAUCUCCUAACACUUGAAGCAACCAAUGCCUCGGUAUUCAAGUAUUACAUUCAUGAUCUUUCGGAUUUAAUUGAUUGCUGUGAUCUUGGCUACCAUGCAAGUCUGAACAGAGCCCUAAGAACAUAUCUCUCAGCAGAGUAUAACCUUGAAACCUCCAGACAUGAAGGUUUAGACAUUAUUGAGAAUGCUGUUGACAACUUAGAGCCAAGGAGCGACAAGCAAAGAUUCAUGGAGAUGUACCCUGCUGCAUUCUGUCCACCAAUGAAAUUUGAGUUUCAGUCUCACAUGGGUGAUGAGGUUUGUCAGGUGAGCGCUCAGCAGCCGGUCCAGGCGGAGCUCAUGCUCAGAUACCAACAGCUGCAGUCCCGACUGGCCACACUGAAAAUAGAAAACGAGGAGGUCAAGAAAACGACAGAAGCUACCCUGCAAACGAUUCAAGAUAUGGUCACCAUUGAGGACUAUGAUGUGUCUGAGUGCUUCCAGCACAGCCGUUCCACCGAGUCUGUGAAGUCCACUGUGUCUGAAACCUACUUGAGUAAGCCCAGCAUCGCCAAGAGAAGAGCGAACCAACAAGAAACCGAGCAGUUCUACUUCAUGAAACUCAGAGAAUUUUUAGAAGGCAGUAAUCUCAUCACAAAACUUCAAGCCAAACAUGACUUGCUGCAGAGGACUCUUGGAGAAGGUCACAGAGCUGAAUAUAUGACUACAAGGCCUCCAAAUGUUCCCCCUAAGCCCCAGAAACACAGGAAAUCCAGGCCCCGCUCCCAGUAUAAUGCUAAGUUGUUUAAUGGGGAUUUGGAGACCUUCGUCAAGGACUCAGGACAGGUUAUCCCUCUCAUUGUGGAAAGCUGCAUCCGGUUCAUUAAUCUCUAUGGAAUAGAUAAUCUCUAUGAGAGGGCACUUCACAUCCGCAAGCUCCUCCUGACCUUGCCCAGGUCCAUCCUCAUAGUGAUGAGGUACCUCUUUGCCUUCCUCAAUCAUCUUUCACAGUACAGCGAUGAGAACAUGAUGGACCCUUAUAACUUGGCCAUUUGCUUCGGCCCCACAUUGAUGCCUGUCCCGGAAAUACAGGAUCAAGUGUCUUGCCAGGCUCAUGUGAAUGAAAUUGUGAAGACCAUCAUCAUCCACCAUGAGAUUAUUUUCCCAGAUGCUAAAGAACUGGAUGGCCCUGUUUAUGAGAAAUGUAUGGCUGGGGAUGACUACUGCGACAGCCCAUACAGUGAGCACGGUACAUUGGAGGAAGUGGACCAAGAUGCUGGUACGGAGCCCCACACCAGUGAAGAUGAAUGUGAACCAAUCGAAGCAAUAGCCAAGUUUGACUAUGUCGGGCGGUCAGCUAGAGAGCUAUCCUUCAAGAAAGGUGCCUCCCUGCUGCUGUAUCACCGAGCCUCUGAGGACUGGUGGGAAGGCCGGCACAAUGGGAUUGAUGGGCUUGUGCCUCACCAGUAUAUAGUGGUGCAGGACAUGGAUGAUACAUUUUCAGAUACUCUGAGCCAGAAAGCUGACAGUGAGGCCAGCAGUGGGCCAGUCACUGAAGACAAGUCUUCAUCCAAGGACAUGAACUCUCCAACUGACCGUCAUUCUGACAGCUACUUAGCCAGACAAAGAAAAAGAGGAGAGCCACCCCCUCCAGGAAGACGUCCUGGCAGGACCAGUGACAGCCACUGUCCCCUUCAUCCCCCACAUGCUCUUUCCAAUUCCUCAGUUGAUUUGGGGUCGCCAAACCUAGCCAGUCACCCCCGGGGUCUGAUGCAGAACCGUGGCCUCAACAACGACAGUCCUGAGAGGAGGCGCCGGCCAGGCCAUGGCAGCCUGACCAACAUCAGCCGGCAUGAUUCCCUCAAGAAGAUUGACAGCCCUCCCAUCAGGAGGUCCACAUCAUCAGGGCAGUACACAGGCUUCAAUGACCACAAGCCGCUGGACCCAGAAACAAUUGCUCAGGAUAUCGAAGAGACCAUGAACACUGCUUUGAACGAACUCCGUGAACUAGAAAGACAGAGCACAGCAAAGCAUGCCCCCGACGUGGUGCUGGAUACCUUGGAACAAGUGAAAAAUUCUCCCACCCCCGCCACUUCCACAGAAUCUCUCAGCCCGCUGCACAACGCUGCCCUCAGGAGCUCAGAACCUCAGAUCCGACGCAGCACCAGCUCCUCCAGUGACACUAUGAGCACUUUCAAGCCUGUGGUGGCACCCAGAAUGGGCGUGCAGCUGAAGCCUCCAGCCCUUAGGCCAAAACCUGCUGUUCUUCCAAAAACAAACCCCACCAUAGGACCCACUGCACCUUCCCAGGGCCCAACAGACAAGUCUUGCACAAUGUAAAAACCAGCUGAGCAAGGUCAUGAAGGGAGGUGAUCUAAAACAAACAGUGGAUCAGUGACAAGGGUCAGUGAUCCAUGAUGUUCCUUAGUUUUGCGCUUAUGACUGGAGAUCUUCUGGCUUUUCUAUGUUGUCGAAUGUAAUGAUGUCUGGGACUAGCUAAAUUAACAUGGGCAUUUGUAUUUUGUAAUUUUUUAAAUAACUGGACAUAUGUCAUUUUAAAGACAAUAGAAAUACUUAAACUUACUUGAAGAGCCAAUGCUGCACCAAUUGUAAUGAAGGCAACACCACCGCCCCGCACUGUACAGUGCUUCAGAUUUAGUGUAGCCCAGGGGAGUAUCCUGGAAUAGAGAAUCCAAGUUCCAGGUCUUCCUGGAACCACCAGUGUUGGUCUGUGACAAGUGGGUGAAUAGCUGAAAGGUUUCCUAGUAGCUGACAGUGAGCACCUCUGACUCCAUCCAGAGUGUGUGUCCAGCACCUGUUAAAGACUUGCAGUGGUCACAGGGGGAGGCUCCAAUGGGAUCUUCAGCCACGACUUAAAUGGGUUGAAUGGUGGCCCCUUCCAUAGAAGUCAUUUCCCUGGGUCCAGGUUUAAGACUCAGUGGAAGAAGACAGAAGAAACUCAGUUCUUGCUUGAACUGAACCUGGGAAAGAGAAGGGAGAUACUGUGUCCAAAGCUGUUGACAUCACUCCAUCCAAGAGCUUGAUCAGACCCCAGAGAUUUCCAGGUCCAUCCCCUGCAUUCACAAAGGACUAGAGCAGUCUUAUUUUCAGGACCUUCUAGUUCCAUCAUAAACUCCUGCCAACAUGUUGUUCAAUUACAGCCUAGAGAAUAUUUCCACCUUCCCUAUGCUCUCCUUCAUGGCAAUGGAAAAAGCAAACAAGGCAGGAAUCCUUGGUUCACCUGUGUUCUGACUAAAUUAUCUUGCUUCCUUUAUCUGUGCCACAAAGGCCUAAUGAUACCAAGUUUGAAACCCCAGCUCUGCUGUUCACGCCUCUCUUUGAGCCAAACCAGAUCUGGCUGUGGUACCUGAGUGAGGGCCAUGCCAGGCCACUGUGGGAAGACGACCUCAUGGUGCCAGGAUUCUUCCGAGUUUUGUACCUCAGAAUCAUGACUUCUUUUCUUGUCCUGUUUGUGUUUGACGUUUUUAUUUUUGCAUGUGAUCUCUACAUAAGUAAUAUAGUUAAAUGGGCUCAAUUAGGGACCCUCUUGCCCUGGCAUUUUAGUACAUAGGUGAUUUUUCUUUAUCACAUAUUUUUACUGUAUUUCUCCUCUCUCUUAAAAAAAAUAUCAGAUUUGUUUGUUUGUCUGUUUAGGUACUGGGGAUUCAAUCUAGGGCCUCCUGCAUGCUAAGCACACAUUCUACCCCUGAACUAUAUCCCAGCCCCCACCCCCAAUAUUAUUCUGAAUGCAAUUGUUUUUACAAGGUACAAAUCACCUUUUUCCUAACAACAGCAGCUGGUAUCUAUAGACCAAUGAACAUUCUGUCUACAUUAUCGUUGAACUUCCUAAUGAAAAAUGGAUGCCUCAGAAUAAACCCCUUUUGACUACCAUCAAUCACCAUCUAGGUUUGGUUUCAAACUGGCAGCCAGUCACAUGCCCACCUAAGAGUGGCCCAGGUCAGACUAAUUCAUGCAAAAAUGAAUCAGAUCAUGACUUUGAUCUCUACCUCAGUUUGCCAAUCUAAUCAUUCUGUUGCAGAGAUAGAUUAAUGAAAUAAUACCACCUUUCAAAGUCACUCUUCUGGAGGUUGCUUGCUAAAGCCUAAUUUCAUAAACGAAUUGAAGAGUUCCCCCAUCCUAUGUAUUUCCUGGUAAAGUUCAGUUUGGGUUUUGGUUUUUUGAAACAAGAUAUCCCCGUAGCCCCAGCUGGCCUGGAACUUGCUAUGUAGACCAGGUUGGCCUCAAUCACACAGCGGUCCAGCGGUCCACCUGCUUCUGCCUCCCAAGUGUUGGGAUUAAAGACAUCCUGGUAAAGUUUUAAAGCUCAAUUUUCAGAACUAUUCUCAUAGGCCAUUUUGAAAAAGAACCUUGGACUCAGCAGUUAAGAACACACUCUUACAGAGGGCCCGGGUUUGAUUCCCAGUGCCCACAUGGCAGCUAACACACCGUCUGUCACUCCAGUUCCAGGGGAUCCAACACCCUCUUCUGACCUCUAUGGGCACUGCACACACAUGGUACACUUACAUGCAGUCAGUACACUCAUACACAUAAAAUAAAAAUAAUAAAAUAUUUGUAAAAAGAAGAAACCUUGGAGACCCAGACAGAAUUGAGCUUUGAAUAACACUGACCCUUUCAAACCAUAGUUUCCUUGAAGUUUAAUAUUUCCUAAAUGACACCCCGGCUUUUAAAAAAUAAUGAUUCUUAAAACCGUUUUAUCCUUCUUUGAUGGAAGAUGCCAACAGAAGGCAUAAGAAGGCAAUGGUGUCUUAAAAUUUUUUAUAAAUGCCUUUUUUAAGCUUUUACUUGAGCUUUUCAAAUCUACAUGAUACUUCCUUCAGACAGUUUUCCAAGAAUCCUCCAUAGUGUCUGCUAGCUUUGGUGUGUCCAUCUAGGCCUUCCUGUCCCCAGGAUCAGGACUCUGCUGCCUUGGAUGACAAAGGACAUGCUGUUGUAGAGCCUUGGAGCCACAGCUGUGGGUUCCCUAGGGAAGCAGCGCCUGCCACGCCCUCCUUUACUCUCCCAUCUCCACCUUCUCUCCGGCUCCUGUUGUCACUUCCAGGCUUAUUUUUGUCACUCAGCUGAAAGGAAAGGGUGUGGCCUCCAAGGAAGUUCUCUACUCACCUGUCCUUCCUUCGUGUAGUGAUUCAACUGACCUUGGCACCCUUUGAGUCAGGAAUAGAAAAGUUUACAGGGAAAGACCAGGUGCCUCCUGCACUAAGGAUCCUAAUAACUGUCAGUAAAACUCAUUAAAAACUGCAGCAGCUGAGAAGGUUCACCUGGUGCACAGCCUCAUUUAGGCCACAGGUGCAGCCCACAGCAGGAAAGCAUGAGGAAACAGAGAGGAAAAUAAGUCCUGAAUGCUUUGUCCCUUCCCAAAUCUAAGAUCUUAACAGACUCCAUGUACAGUUUAGGAUCACUUGAUGAUAAGCAAGUUAUGGUCUGCAAAGAUUACCUGACCCCACCUAUACAACAAUGUGCAUUCACAGCUGAUGCAACUAUGUUCGUGACCCACGUGUAGACCCUGGCAUAGAUUUACAAAGCCCUUUAGUUUGGAUUGAGAAUAUGAUGAGUGGAUUGUUAGAAGGGAAUUUAGUGUACAUUUUCUGAUGAGUAUUGCAUAAAUUUUCAAACUGCUGAGGGCACUUUGCAAAACCUUUGUUCUUGUUCCACAUCAACACCAUUGUUGAACAGUUUAACAUGUGUCCACACAACAGAAUCUGAAUUUGGUGCCCUGUGAGCCAUCCAUGGAAUAAUUCAUAGAAAGGUCCCACUUAGUCAUGAAUAAUUACCAGUGGACAUAGAACUCCCAAUAGUCAGACGGUGUCUUUUGAGUUUUCUGUCUUUAUACAUUUGCCAUUGGCUUUAUAAUUUAAUUAAAAGAAAAUAGACGGUGGAUUGAUGGUGGUGGUGUUAGCAUUUAGGAAGGGCACAGCCACUGAAGUCUGAAAACUGAAAGCACCAUAAUCUGAUAGGACCUCUGAAAUCCCAUCGUAAAGAGCCUGCAGGUCCACUGAGACUUCAAAUUAUGGUUCUGCUUAUUCCUGACCAUAGCAGGAAGAGACCAUGCAUGCAGGAAUUGCAUUUGGGAUGCCCUCUUUCUGUUAUCCACCCCUGAGACCCUGGGACACAGAGGGCCUAGAACUGAAGGCUCUAUCUGUGUGCAAACAGAGCCCCCUAUUUCAGACCACCGCCUGAGCUGAGCGCUCUCUCCACACCCACAAGCUCCAGCUGGGCUGGAGCAUCAGACGUAAUUAAUACAGGAUGACGACUUUAUAAGUAGUAAAGCAAGCCCGAAGUUGAGCUUUCACUUACUCUAGUAUGCUUUCUUUAUUUAA